GAUUGAUCCACAAACCGCUACGUGUUCUAAAAUUGGAGUUGGUCGGUAUUUGAUUUGCAACCCGAACCACAAGUUGGCGGGAACUUCAUUUGCUCCCACCUUUUCUUUUCAACAAAUUCAAAAACCCGCCACUUCAAAGAGAAAUCCCCAAACCUAAUCAGAGAAUUCUGCAGACAGUCUGCAAAAUUCAUCGAAGACCUCCAAUUGAAUCCUAAGAGAGAGAAAUGCCUCGGAAAGAGGAGGCUACCCAGCAGCAGCAGCUGAAGGCAGCGAAGAGGGCGUACGAUGCCGCAGUGGACGAGGGGAACCGGCAGGAGGAGGCGCGUUGGGCGAACGUCAUGGGUCACAUACUUAAGAACCGCGGCGAGUACGUGGAGGCUCUCCGGUGGCUGCGCAAGGACUACGAGGUCUCCCUCAGGUACUUGCCGGACAAGCAGCUUCUGGCUACGUGUCAGUCCCUGGGCGAACUAUACCUGCGCCUCCUUCAGUACAAUGACGCCCUAAUUUAUCAGAAAAAACAUUUAGAGCUCGCAAAGGAUCAAAAUGACCUCAUUGAGCAACAAAGAGCCAGCACUCAGCUUGGGCGAACUUACCAUGAAAUGUUUUUGAAGUCUGAUGAUGACCAUUGCUCAGUUCGGAACGCCAAGAAAUAUUUCAAAUUUGCCAUGAAACUUGCACAAAUUAUCAAGGAGAAUCCACCUACUGAGAUAGUUUCCUUUAUAAAGGAGUACAUUGAUGCCCAUAAUAACCUUGGGAUGCUUGAAAUAGAUCUUGAUAACUUGGAUGAAGCAGAGAAGAUUCUCAGUAAAGGAUUGGAGAUAUGUGAUGAAGAAGAGAUGGUUGCAGAUGAUGAUGCGCGUAGUAGGCUCCAUCAUAACCUUGGAAAUGUUUACUUGGAGCUCAGGCAAUGGAAAAAUGCCUAUGAGCACAUAAAAAAGGAUAUUGUUAUUUGUAAUAAUAUUGGGCAUUGUCAAGGGGAGGCAAAAGGUUAUAUUAAUCUUGGUGAGCUGCUCUACAGAACUCAAAGAUACGCUGAGGCCAUUGCAUCUUAUCAAAAGGCACUUGAUCUGGCAAAAUCAUUGGAAGAUGAGCAUGCAUUGGCAGAUCAAAUUGGUAAAAACAUUGAAACUGUAAGAGAAGCAAUGAAAGUGAUGGAUGAACUAAAAAAAGAAGAGCAGAACCUUAAGAAGCUUGAAAGGAACACAGAAAUGGCUAGAGGCACAGAGAAUGAAAGGAAAUGUCUGGUGAAACAGAAUGCUUCUCUUGAUUGCCUUGUUGAGAAAUCAAGGAUGAUUUUUGCAUGGUUGAAACUUCGUGAAUACGGGAAAAAGAAGAAGAGGGUAGCAAGUGAACUUUGCGACAAAGAGAAGCUGAGUGACUCCUUUUUAGUCAUUGGAGAGUCAUACCAGAAGCUCCGAAAGUUCAGCAAAGCCCUUAAAUGGUAUCGAAAGGGCUGGGAAACCUAUAGGUUGAUUGGAAACUUGGAGGGGCAAGCAUUGGCAAAGAUUAACAUUGGAGAUGUUUUGGACUCCAGUGGUGAUUGGGAAGGUGCCUUAGGUGCUUUUAAAGAGGGGUACAGGAUGGCUGUUAAAGGAAAACUGCCUUCCUUGCAGCUGUCUGCUCUAGAAAAUAUCCAUUACAGCUACAUGAUUCGCUUUGAUGAUGCUGAAGAGGCCAGGGGGGCAAAGUUAUUAAUUGACAAAUUAAAGCAAUCCAAAAAUUGGGAGCUCGAGCCUGAAGGUAUUUUAGGGGAGUGCUGUUCUGAGACCAAAACAGACUUGGACAACCUAUCAACAGAUGAUAGGUCUGAUGGUAGCUUUUCACCAAAGAAAUAUAAACCGAAUCUCUCUAGAGUAAAAUCUGAUGAUAUUGAUGAUGAUUUGGAUGAAAACAUGCCUUUGGUAUCCCUACUUCAAUCCGUUAAAAGUAUCGGAAAACAGAGAACUAAGCAGAGAACUGCGUGUGGAAGUGCACCCAAUGCCUCUUCCAGACCAUGUGGAUCCCCUACACAGAGCAUAUCCAGAUCCACUGGUAGUUUUACAGUUAAUCGUAAGCGUGUACGGGUUAUCCUUUCUGAUGAUGAAGGUGAAAAUGAGGAGGAUUCUUGCUCCAGAAGAAGGGUUCGCAAGUAUGCAGAGGAAGGCAUUGCAACUUCUGGUGAAUUAACCAGAAAGUAUCCCAACAGUCCAGUUCAUGACGUCCAGGAUGUUUCACCUGUCGCCUCAAAAUGUACAUCUGAUGCUUGUACUUGUCCCAAUCUCGAGAGCAGCACCUGUUCUUACAAAUCCGGGACUCCUAAAUUAGGCUUACAGGAUAGCAAAGAUUUUAGACUUACAGGAACAACGGAAGCUGUGGGUAAUUCCAAUGCUAAUGAAAAUGGCAACAGCAUUUAUUUCGGCUCCGGCAACCUAUUUCAGAAUGAAAUUUCCACUGCAGAUGUACAUGCUUGUUUUGAUGAACGUUGUCAACAUCUCAUUUUCAAAAUUGAUCAAGAAUUGGUACAUGUGGACCCAGAUAUGUGCAGUGUUGGUGCUAAACUCGACAUAGAACGGAUAAAGGUUGAAUUGGCAUGCUUGUACUAUUUACAACUUUCCAGAGAAAAGAGAUCAAGAGGAUUGGUGCCAGUCAUUACACAUAUGAAGUAUGGAGGGAGAACACUUGAAUCUGUGGAAACGCUUUACACUCUAAGAGAUCAUGCACCAGGAAAGGGCUUGAUUGAGGUUUCUGUUGGUGUUAUGGUGCCGAAAAAUGUAAUGAAACUGUACAUUGACUGCUGUGAGGAACUGUCAGAACCGCCAGUUUUGGAAGUGGUCAGGAAAUUGUAUAACUUAGAGGUGUCGGAGGAUGAAAUUGUAGUGUCUGAUUGUCAACUUCGAGAUGUAUCAGUAGUUCCACUAUUAAAUGCUCUGCAGCUGCACAAAACACUUGCGGUGUUGGACCUUUCUCAUAAUCUUUUAGGAAAUGGAACCAUGGAGAAAAUUAAACAAGUAUUCAUAUCAUCAGGACAAAAUUAUGGGGGUCUGGUUCUAAAUUUGCACAAUAAUCAACUCGGUCCAGCUGCUUUAUUUCAGAUUUGUGAAUGCCCAGUUCUUUAUGCUCGAUUGGAAGUUCUCAACAUCUCUGGGAACUGUUUGACUGAUGCUUGUGCAUCUUACCUGUCAACUAUUCUUCGAACAUGCAAAGCUCUUUAUAGUUUGGACAUAACGAAAUGUUCAAUCACAUCAAGAACAAUCCAGAAGGUUGCUGAUUCACUGGAUUCCGAGUCUGUACUUACGCAUCUUUGCAUAGGACGCAAUCACCCUGUAUCUGGAAAUGCCAUAAUUAGUCUUUUGCUCAAGCUGGCCACUUUAAACCGGUUUCAAGAGCUCAAUCUACAUGGGAUAAAGCUAAGCAAGCCUGUGGUUGAUAGCCUUUGCCAACUUGCCAAGGACUGUUGCUUAUCUGGGUUGCUGCUGGGAAAUACUAAUAUUGGAACUGAUUGUGCCAUAAAAUUGAUUAAGCCACUAUCCAAGGAUACUCAGGAACUGGUUAGGCUUGAUCUAUCAUUCUGUGGACUUACUUCUGAUUACAUUGUUGGGCUCAGAGAUGAAGCAUCGUUGAUCAGUGGCAUUCUUGAGUUGAAUCUUGGUGGAAAUCCAAUCAUGAAAGAGGGUUGCAGUGAAUUGGCAUCUUUACUCCGCAAUCCCCAGUAUUGUUUGAGAGUUCUGGUAGUCAGCAAAUGUGAACUUGGUCUUGCUGGUCUCAUUUGCAUGCUUCAAGCACUAUCACAGAAUUGCUCUCUUGAAGAACUCAACUUGGCAGACAAUAUUAGUCCAAAUGAAAUUCAAGCUCUGACCAACUCUGGAGUGGUGGAACAAAACUCAAACACCAUGCAGGGUGACAUUAACCAGCCCAAGUCUUCGUUAUAUACGCUUGCACCUGAUGAGGUUGAGACCUUACCACACGAGAUGUGUGGCCUAAACACAAACGAAAAUCAGCUUGAAGUUGCUGAUAGCGAUGAUGAUGAUCAAGUUGGAGUAGAAGUCACAUUAUCUGCUACUGUAGGUAGUCAGAUACGCACACCCCAGAGCAGAAUUUGUCUUUCAGAAUGCCAGUCCAUGCAGGAACUUAUUGCUUCCAUUAAGAGGGCAGGGAACUUAAAAAUGUUAGAUCUUAGUCAAAAUGGGUUCCCCCGGGAAGUCACAGAAUUGUUGUUUUCAGCAUGGUCCUCAGGUAUUCGAGCAAGUGUAGCUGACAGUCACGUCGAUGAAAACAUUGUCCAUUUCUCGGUGCAGGGAAACAAGUGCUGUAGCGUAAAGUCCUGCUGCAGAAAGAUUUGAGUCCCUCACUUCUGCUUCUCUACAAUAUUUUGCUUAUUAGAUUUAGGAACAUCAAAGCAUAAAUUAAGGUUAUGAAACAGUGAAUUCAAAUGAUUGCAUCAGUAUUAAGGGAUAAUAAUUAUAUACACCUCUUGAUUUAUGUUUUAUUUA